AACAUUUCAAAAUCAUUAUUAGCCAGACAUAAAUAUCUCAUUCCUUCUUUAAUAGCAGGGGUAAUUAUAGUAAUUUCUCGAACACAGUAAUUUGGAAUUGUAAAAUGUUGUUAUUUGAUUGAAAUCGAAACGACUCAUAUCCGUUACCUAAAUCAUUUUUUUUAAAUGUAAAGAGUUAAGCGUCAAUUAUAAAUUAAUCACAACAUGAAAUUAACCGAAAUAAUGUUCACGCUAAUUUAACCAAACAUGCCACUGACAUGCCUAUACCUACGUACAUAAAUACGUUCAACUAUACCUUCCAAUUUAAGUUAAAAUAUAAAAAAAAAUAUAAAAAAUAACCUCCGCGCUCGGCAUUAUUAUUAAAAUAAACGGUCAUGAAAUAUGUUGAUAAAUUUCACCCACAUUAUUCCGAAAAACGCGCGACUAAUUAUUUUGUUCCUGUUAAUUGCCAUUUGUCGUACAACAGCACGAACACGAAAUAAAUUGGCGAAAAAGGAUAUGAACGAAAAACAAGUGAUUAUCACAGCGAUUGGACAAUGUGCUGGUGAUGAAGGGCUUCCUGUUAAUGUUGUUCCAAUGGAUAUAAUACGACAGGGACGCUUUGAUUACUAUAUUGACGGUGUCGUUUUGAUUAGGGAGGAUUUCGAUGAUGGAUUCCAAGUUAAAUUGGAAGUACUUCGAUGUAAUCAGGGGGAAAUUUUGGAAACUUGCACUUCUGUGUUGAAUUAUGUGAACACAACAGACAUUUGUGAACUGCUGCGAACACCAGUGGAAGCCUAUACUGAUGCGUUAAAUCGAAUUGAACCACGUCCUCUUUGUCCGUUGAAGAAAGGAUCAUACUUCCUUCAUCAUUUAACGACCGACAACAGUCUACUGAAAUAUUUGCCUACAGAUGAUUUUUCCUUUUUCUGGAAAGUAAAGAUAUCGGGCGUUAAAGAUGAGCAAAACGUAAUGUGUCUCAAUUUAGAAUUUCAUGUCAGUUUGAAGCGAGGCUAGCAUUGAUCUGAUUCGGGAAAGAGGUAAAAUAUCUGAAUGUUAUUGCUGAGGUUGGGAUCUUAUCACUUCUUUUUAUUCAAUUGUAAUAGUUAUUAAAUCACUGAUUUUAUUAUGUAU